UUAUAAUUAAAAAAAGGAAAAUUACAUUAACAAUAAAUCAAAAUGGUUUUGUUCACAAUGAUUGCCAGGGUAGCAGAUGGCUUACCACUUGUAGCCACAAUGCAAGAAGACGAACAGAGUGGAAAAAAUAUAUUGGAAUAUCAAAAUCAAGCUAAAAUGCUAUUUAGAAAACUUGGCACACAAUCACCAUCAAGAUGUACCAUUGAAACAGGACCAUAUCUUUUUCAUUAUUUGAUUGAAAAUGAUGUAUGUUAUUUGGUACUUUGUGAAAAAAAUUGGAGCAAAACAUUAGCCUACAGUUAUCUUGAAGAUAUUGCUCAAGAAUUUCAUGUACAAUAUGGUAAACGUGUUAAUACUGUUACAAGGCCUUAUACAUUUAUUGAAUUUGAUAUUUAUAUACAAAAAGCUAAAAAAUCAUAUUCUGGAGGUAGAUCAAGAAGAAAUAUGAAUGCACUUAAUAAUCAGCUACAUGAUGUUCAAAGAAUUAUGGUACAAAAUAUUGAUGAUGUUUUACAAAGAGGAACAAUUUUAUCAGAGCUGGAUACAAAAUCACAAAACUUAUCAAUGAUGUCGCAAAAAUAUAAAAAAAAUGCAACGUAUUUAAACAGCAAGUCAAUGUAUAUUAAAGCUGUUGCAGGAGUUGUUGCAUUUCUCGUAUUUUUCUUGUACUUUUUUAUCUUAUAGUCAAUUGGGUUAAAUAAGGUCAAAAAAAAAAAGUAAAAUUAUUCAAUACUUUUUUAUUUAAUAAUGGUUUAUUAAAUUUUAAUUUAUUUUUUUCCUUCACCUUCGUGUUUUUAUGAACAAAAAAUAAUAAUUUUUUUUCAAUUCGCUUGAAUAAAAUGUCAUCAGCAAGUCGAAUAAUAAAAAAAACAUAAACAAGUACAAGUGGUAAUGGUUUUCAAAUACAUUCUUGAUUAUAAAAUUAUAAAAAUGUAAUCAAUUGUUAAAAAGUUUUUUUUUUUUUUUAAAACUUCUAAAUAAAAUAAAUAUAUAUAUUCAUUCUUAAUAAACACAUGUGAAUUAAAUUAUUUUAAAUGAUGAAUAAAAUUAAAUUUAAAAAAAAAAUACAGAGUGAAAUAAAGACAACAAAAAAAAAGGCAAUAUUUGUGUUUAAAUUCAUUGCAUAUAUUAAUUUUUUAUUUAUUAUAAAAAUUAUUUUAAAUAAACAAAUAAAAAUAAUAUUAAUAUUGUAUUACAAUUAUUUAUAGCAGCCCAUUUAAAAAGAAAAGAAAAAAAUAAUAAAAUUGAUACAAAAGAAAAUUAUAUUUAUAAUUAUAAUUUAUAAUACAAAUUGGUGUAUAUAUAUACAAAUGUACAUUGUAUAAUGUGCUUAAAUUAUUUCAAGGAAUGGCAAUGCUAAUAACAUAUUAAAACAUUCAAAAACAUUUAUAUAUUAAUUAAUUUAUAUAAUAAAAAUUUAAUUGCUUAGUUAAAAUAAAACAUGAAAAUUUUCAAGAC